AUGCAUCUCCCGUCUCUCUCGCUGCCAUUGGCAGCACUCACCCUGGCCACCCCUUCCCUGGCCUAUCCUUACUACCGCACGGAGCAGCCUCUCCAGAAUAACCUCGCCCAGUCCCGCGCCAACACCAUCAAAGAAGCCUUCUCGCACGCGUGGGACGGCUACAAGAAAUACGCCUAUCCACAUGAUGAACUCCAUCCCGUCUCCAACGGAUACGGGGACUCUCGCAAUGGUUGGGGUGCCUCCGCAGUCGACGCCCUGUCCACCGCCAUCAUCAUGCGCAAUGCCACGAUUGUGAACCAAAUCCUCGACCAUAUCGCCCAGGUCGACUAUUCCAAGACCAACGACACCGUCAGCUUGUUCGAAACGACCAUCCGUUACCUCGGAGGCAUGCUCUCUGGGUAUGAUCUGCUGAAGGGUCCCGCGUCGGGCUUGGUCAGGGACUCGAAGAAAGUCGACAUGCUUCUGACCCAGUCGAAGAAACUGGCCGAUGUGCUCAAGUUCGCCUUCGAUACGCCCUCCGGCGUCCCCUACAACAACAUCAACAUCAAUACUCACGGAAAUGAUGGUGCCACCAGCAACGGGCUGGCAGUUACCGGGACCUUGGUUUUGGAGUGGACCCGCCUGUCCGACUUGACUGGCGAUGAUGAGUAUGCGAAGCUGAGCCAGAAGGCCCAGUCGUACCUCCUCAAGCCUCAGCCGGCCAGUUCGGAGCCCUUCCCAGGCCUGGUGGGGAGCCAUAUCAGCAUUGAGACGGGAGAGUUCACCGACGCUCAGGUCAGCUGGAACGGCGGUGACGACUCCUUCUAUGAAUACCUGAUCAAAAUGUACGUAUACGAUCCUGAGGCAUUUGGUGAAUACAAGGACCGCUGGGAGGCUGCGGCGCAAUCCUCGAUGGAGCAUCUGGCGUCCCACCCGUCCACCCGGCCGGAUCUGACCUUCCUGGCCUCGUACAACGACGGAAAACUGGGCCUGAGCUCGCAACACCUGACUUGCUUCGACGGCGGCAGCUUCCUGCUCGGAGGAACCGUCCUGGACAAUGAUGAUUACAUCAAGUUCGGACUCGAUCUGGUCAAAGGCUGUCACGAAACCUACAAUGCGACCCUGACCGGCAUCGGACCGGAGUCUUUUGCUUGGGAUCCCAAUUCCGUGCCAUCCAACCAGAAGGCACUGUACGAGAAGGCCGGCUUUUACAUCCAAAGCGGGGCCUACAUUCUGCGGCCUGAGGUGAUCGAAAGCUUCUACUACGCCUACCGGAUUACUGGCGAGGAACAGUACCGCGAAUGGAUCUGGAACGCGUUCGUCGCGAUCAACAAGUACUGCCGGACGAGCUCGGGCUUUGCUGGGCUGCAGGAUGUGAACGCGGCGAAUGGCGGUGGCCGGUACGACAACCAGGAGAGCUUCCUGUUUGCAGAGGUGAUGAAAUACGUGUACCUGGCUCACUCGGGUGAUGCGGAGUGGCAAGUGCAGCGCGGGAACGGCAACAAGUUUGUCUUCAACACGGAGGCGCAUCCCUUCCGGGUGCGAUAG